AUGGGGGAAAUCCCAGUUUUGGAUGAAGCUGGAAAAAAAUACGAAGAAGGAGUGGAGGUCCUACUUACCUGGGAGGAGAAACACCACAAGAGAGGACAACCUUACAGCUGGGAAAGCAUGUCACGGGAGACGGCCACGUUCACUAAGGAUAUCACACCUAUUAUCCUGGCUGCCCACCAUAACCACUACGAGAUCCUAAAAUUACUGUUGGACCGUGGAGCAUCCCUGCCCAUGCCACAUGACAUCAGAUGUGGGUGUGACGAGUGUUUGAUUUCCACUGAAGAGGAUUCGCUGCGUCACUCCCUCUCAAGAAUCAACGCGUACAAGGCUCUGGCUUCACCCUCCCUCAUCGCUCUCUCUUCUAAAGACCCCAUACGCACUGCCUUUGAGCUCUCUGGAGAGCUUGCCAGACUCCAGGGCAUGGAACACGAGUUCAAGCAGGAGUAUAAUGAACUCCGUCAGAAGGUGAUGAAGUUUGGCACCGAGCUGCUUGACCAGACCAGGUCAAGGACAGAACUCUCCAUCAUGCUCAACUAUGACCCUGAAGGCCCCGUCUGGGAGGAGGGAGAAGUCAACUCUUUGGAAAGACUCAAGAUGGCUAUUAAGUUCUCGCAAAAAUCCUUCGUGGCUCACCCGAACGUUCAGCAGCUGCUGGGUGCUAUCUGGUACGACGGUCUGCCAGGGUUCCGUCGCAAGGACCUCACAGGACAAUGUGUGGAGGUGGCCAAGCUGGCCUGCAUGUUCCCAGUACUCUCCUUCGCGUAUAUCUUCUGCCCCAGUUCCAGCAAGGGCAAAUUUAUCAAGAAACCUUUCGUCAAGUUCAUCACCCACUGCGCCUCCUACAUGCUGUUCCUCAUGCUGCUAGCGUUGGCUUCUCAGAGGAUCGAAUACAUGUUCAUCGAGUGGUUCGGCAAUGCUUGGCUUCACUCCGUCCUUGAAGACUGGAAGCUGAAGGAGAGAGGCUCCUUUCCAGGCUUUUUCGAGCUGGCUAUCAUCAUGUACAUCUUCAGUCUCAUAUGGUCUGAGAUCAAAUCCCUGUGGUCUGAUGGUCUGCUAGAGUACGUCAAGGACCUGUGGAACAUCAUCGAUUACAUCACCAACAUGUUCUUCAUGACGUGGCUCCUGAUGCGAGCCACAUCCAUCUUCCUGGUACAGAAGGAUCUUUGGAAUGGGAUCUGGCCAUACUACCCUCGUGAAGCUUGGGAUCCCUACGACCCACUCCUCAUCUCCGAAGGAUGCUUUGGUGCAGCCAUGAUCUUCAGCUUCCUGAAACUGGUGCACAUCUUCAGCGUGAACCCACACCUGGGACCUCUGCAGAUCUCCCUUGGAAGAAUGAUCUUCGAUAUCCUCAAGUUCUUCUUCCUCUACACGCUGGUCCUCUUUGCAUUUGGCUGUGGUAUGAACCAGCUGAUGUGGUACUACGCUGAGCUGGAGAUGAAGAAGUGUUACCACCUGCCAGAUGGUCAGCCAGACCGCGAGAAGGAGAGCCAAGCUUGCUUCAUCUGGCGACGGUGGACCAACUUGUUCGAGACAUCGCAGUCGCUCUUCUGGGCUUCGUUCGGACUCGUGGACUUGGACUCGUUCGAGCUAACAGGCGUGGGCAGCUUCACAAGGUUCUGGGCCAUGUUGAUGUUUGGCUCGUACUCUGUCAUCAAUGUUAUCGUCCUCCUCAACCUACUCAUUGCCAUGAUGUCCAACUCAUACAACAUUAUUUCAGAGCGUUCAGACAUGGAGUGGAAGUUCGCUAGGACCAAGCUGUGGCUCAGCUACUUCGAAGACGGAGCCACUGUUCCUCCACCCUUCAACGUAAUCCCUUCACCCAAAAGCUUCAUCAAGCUCUUGGGCCUGGCGAAGGAGAAAAUCAGAGGAUCCUUUAAGGCUAAGUCACGGAAGAUGGCGGAGCAGAAACACGCUAACGUGAUGCGUCUGCUGGUGCGUCGCUACAUCACUGAGCAGCAGAGGAGAGCUGAUGAAAGGAGAGUCACUGAAGACGACAUCAACGAGGUCAAACAAGACAUAUCCACCUUCAGAUACGAACUCGUAGAUAUUCUUAGGAACAACGGAAUGAACACUUCAAUGGUCCAUGCUGAAGACACUGCUGUGAUCGGCAAGAAAGGUCGAGCCAUGGAGCGUCGACUCCUGAAGGGCUUCAACAUCGGACUGGUGGAAGGUAUCAUCACUGAUAUCCUCACCAGCGAGAAGAAACCCAAGAACAUCUUCGGCAAGCUGGCCCGCGCCAUCGGCAAGAAGAAGAAGGAAGACUGGAACGCCAGGGUCUCGCGAGCCUCCACGCACCGGGACCAGAUCGGCUCCUCUGAGACCAGUCUCAUGAGGUCUCAGACCUCCAUCAAGAGACGUAUACAGUACGAGAACGAGAUGCUGCUCAAGUCUCUUAACCCAGAGAAAAUCGCAGAAUAUAACCCUAAUUUGGAGAUUCACACGCCCACCACCCGUAUCGCCUACGCCAGGUUUAAGGUUAAUACCCUCAAGAAGGAGAAAGAGAGGAAGCUGGCGGAGGAAAACAAGGCGGCCGCUCAGGAGAAGGCCGGAGUAGCGAACCAGAUGUUGAAGAUCGAAAAGAUGCAGCAAAAUGCAAGCAAACCAUUCGUAUCGAGGAGCCCGUCUCCUCUCGCUCCUCUUGGCACUAGUCCAGACAGCGUUCCUAAAUCAGCUGUCGCAUAUCACCUCAAGCCUGAAGUAGUUCCCAAGACUCCAGAUCAGUCAGUUUCAAAGCCUACCCCGACUCAGGAUGUCAAGCCUGCCCAGACUCAGGAUGUCAAGCCUGCUCCGACUCAGGAUGUCAAGCCUGCCUCGGCUCAGGAUGCCAAGCCUGCCCUAACUCAAGAUGCUAAGCCUGCCUCGACUCAGGAUGCCAAGCCUGCCCUAACUCAAGAUGCUAAGCCUGCCUCGACUCAGGAUGCCAAGCCUGCCUCAAUUAAAGAUGCCAAGCCUGCCCCACCUCAGGAUGCCAAGCCUGCCCCACCUCAGGAUGCCAAGCCUUCCCUACCUCAGGAUGCCAAGCCUGCCCCACCUCAGGAUGCCAAGCCUGCCUCACCUCAGGAUGCUAAGCCUGCUUUAAUUAAAGAUGCUAAGCCUGCCCCACCACAGGAUAUCAAACCUGCACCACCUCAAGAUGCCAAGCCUGCUCAACGCCAGGCUCCCAAGCCCUCUAAGCCCAGUGGAAGCAGCGUGCUCCUGCCUCUGGCCACCAGUACUCCGUUAGUACCCUCUAGACCCAGACCAGGAAAGUUGGCAGUGCCCAAAGCCUUCCAGCAUGAAGCCCAGCAGCAUCUUCCACCGCCCCGCACGAAGCCUCCGCCCAGACAGAUUGUUCAGUUUCCAGCCAGCCCUGCCCAGAAAUUCCAGACUAAAGAGACUGAAGUAACUAAGACUCCUACACCCAGUAAACUGAUAUCUCCCACACCUUUCAAACCCUCGUCAGGAGUCCCACAAGAACCCAAACCCACACCCAGGCUCCUACAUGUCUCACAGCCCACUUCCAUCAUCCCAGAACUCCCCAAACUAACACCCAGCCUCCCACAAGGACCCAAACCCAUGCCUAGCCCCUUGCAGGAACCCAAACCAACACCCAGCCUUGCGCAAGAAUCCAAACCGACCCCUAGCCUUCCACAGAAGCCCAAACUCACGUUCAGCCUCCCACAAGAACCCAAACCUACCCCUAGCCUUCCACAGAAGCCCAAACUCACGUUCAGCCUCCCACAAGAACCCAAACCGACCCCUAUCCUUUCACAGACCCCCAAACCCACGCCGAGCCCCCCACAAGGACUCAAACCCACGCCCAGUUUCCCACAACAACCAAAACCCACGCCCAGCCUCCCACAGGCACCCAAACCCCCACCCAAAUCAGAAGUGAGUGUUUCUCAUCUCUCUGGUUCCUCGACGCCAAGCGAGCCCAGAGGAAGGUCACCUGAGACAAUCUCUGCAGGUAAAUCUCAGGUGACGGGUCAGGUCAGGACCGGAUGGUUAUAGAUACAAAAAGUUAUAACGGCAAUUGUUAAAAAUGGAAAGGUUAAAACUGUAGAGGUCUCUGAAGAUUGAAAAUAACGAGCUUCGGUGUAUUUGGUAAAGAUAACAUCGUGGCUCAUUCCAGGUAUCUCAGUGUAACGGUUUUUAAAUUAGAGCAGGUGAAAGAGAGAGUCUUGGUUGAAAAGGUAUUGUGUGUGUGUGUGUGUGUGUGUGUGUGUGUGUGUGUGUGUGUGUGUGUGUGUGUGUGUGUGUGUACUCACCUAUUUGUGGUUGCAGGGGUUGAGUCUUAGCUCCUGGCCCCGCCUCUUCACUGGUUGCUACUAGGUCCUCUCUCUCCCUGCUCCAUGAGCUUUAUCAAACCUCGUCUUAAAACUAUGUAUGAUUCCCUCCUCCACUACGUCACUUUCUAGGCUAUUCCACUGCCUGACAACUCUAUGACUGAAGAAAUACUUCCUAACAUCCAUUUGAUUCAUCUGAGUCUUCAACUUCCAAAUGUGACCUCUUGUUUCUGUGUCCCCUCCCUGGAACAUCCUGUCUUUGUUCACCUUGUCUAUUCCGUGCAGUAUUUUAUAUGUCGUUAUCAUGUCUCCCCUGGCCCUCCUGUCCUCCAGUGUCGUCCGGCCGAUUUCCCUUAACCUUUCUUCAUAGGACAUUCCCCUUAGUUCUGGAACUAACCAGUCGCAAACCUUUCAACUUCUCUAAUUUCUUGACAUACUUGAUCAAGUGUGUGUGUGUGUGUGUGUACUCACCUAUUUGUAGUUGCAGGGGUCGAGUCUUAGCUCCUGUGUGUGUGUGUGUGUGUGUGUGUGUGUGUGUUUGUGUGUACUCACCUAAUUGUACUCAAUUGUGGUUGCAGUGUAGACAGCCUGUACUGUCUGCACAGAGAGCCUAUGCUGUCUGCCAGCCUUGUCCAUAUUUCACGCCACUAAGGUGCUGCCCUCUGUAGCCAGGCCUCUCGGUGGGCACGCCAGCCUGCCUGCCCUUGCCUCUGCCUCACUCACACAGCAGCCUAGCAGGAAGACACAAAGCCUACUAGCUCUCUCUUGUGGCCAUGGCCCUCCCGGGCCAUGGGCACAACACACAAGCCUGUGUACCCACCAUGACUUAACUAUAAAGUAAGAAGCCUCCGAAGACUUAUCAUUUACUCCCCGCUACCAGAACACCAAACAAACUGGUUAUAAAUGGUGGGAAGUGGUGGUCGCAGCAGCUGUGUUUACCCAGAGAGAGGAAGGAAGGAAUGAAGUCAUCUUCACUUCAUCACUCCAUGCAAGAUGCAUCCAUCUCUUAGCGAGUUAUCCUGAUGUCGUGUCUGCAUGUUUGAGCAUCCAGACACAGGUACAAGCAGGAUCUAGCCGAAAUUUGCCGAAUUUCUUCGAGAAUUGCAAGUGACGUCCCAGUGACCCCACGCUAUAGCGUCCCACGCUGUUUCUCAAGUCACGUGUUCAGCAUCACUUGUAUAUUGCUGCUGUUGUUCAGCUCAGCACAGCUGUUUCAGCAAGCCAGAGGUGAAUUUUGUGGUGAUUUCUGCAUCCGGUGUGAGCUUCUCCAUGUGUUUGUGGGUGGGGGAGGAGGAGGAGGAAGUGGCCGUUCCUCACCUUGCCCAUGCUCGCCCUACUCACGCUCGCCCGUCUACCAUACACUCACCACUGCCCACUCCCUCUGCUGUGUUUUCUGCUGUUUUCCAUGUGAAUUCAUUGCCAGAGCUGUGUAUCCGAGUGCCCGAGGCCACUCAAAGCUACGUGGAUCAGCAUGCCACGUAGAUCAGUAAGCCAUAUAGAUCAGCAUGCCACGUAGAUCACGACGCCACGUAGAUCACGACACCACGUGGAUCCUGAUGCCACGUGGGGUGUGGGCGAUGUCACGUGGACCUACGAGCCAUGUGAGUUACCGAGCCAGAUGUCCCAGGCCUCAUGCUGUGGUCUGCUGCCUGCAUCACAUUGACGUCACCGACGAUGCUGCCCGACUUCAUGACGUCACGAUGUCUGCCUGACGUCACGUCGAGAUGUCUGCUGACGUCACAGUGCUGCUGACGUCACCUCACGACAUCACAUGAUGUCACAUCGAGUGUUUCUAGUAAUUAUUUCAGUAUUGUUGAGAAGAUUGUUGAGAAGAUAUAUGUCGUGUGUUAAUUAAUUCCUCUCAGUCAGUGUUCUCACAUGUUAGUGUACUGCAUGUACCGUGUCCAGUGAGGUCUGAGCCAGACCUGAGUAGCCCCACUGUGCUAAGUCACCCGAUGUGACCAGUGCAUUUGACAGUUGUUAUCGGUCAGCUCUUAGCAUGAGCCCUCUUGUACAGAAAGCUCUUAUGCUCGUCGCUCAUAGAUGUUCUGCAGAAUCGUACCUGCUAUGAUUCCCAUCGAGAUUUGUUUCACUUCACCUCCAGACCUUCAGAAUGCAGUUAUAUGUAGAGAAACAAGUCUGGGGACGCUUAGACUAACCUCUGCUAUAACUCCAACUGCCGAGAGAAUGACACUCGUCAAGCCGCAGUUAGCCCUGUCGGCAGGCACUGUGUCAGCCUCGUGUCAAAAGCUUCAGUGAGCAGCCUGCACAAAGAAGAUGUCACUUUGACUGCUAGCUCCCUCACUGCAGUCUGGUGUAUGAUGUUAUGACUUCCAGAUGUUUCGCCCAGUCGUCUCUGCCACGACUCGCUCCACAACUCGCUCCACGCUCGCCGGCAGUGACAGCCCAGCGACAGUACCAGUCAAGAAGUGUCCUCCUGAGUCGCUUGCCAGAAGUCCUGCCCAGUUGCCGAGUUUUGUAGACGCCUCACUCGAGGGCACCAGCAUGUCGUGCCCCAGGUUGAGUGAAAACCAGCAGUGACUCCUAUAAUGACCACUUCACCGUUCUAGAGGAGACCGUACCCCGUUACGUCACAGCUCAGCCGCAGCAAUGCCUCCUGUGUUGCAGUAUCUGUCCAGAUGCAGGAAGGCGUGCAGUGAUGCCCUUCAAUGCUCACUGCCUAUGACCACGAUGUUUAGCACACCCCACAUGUUUUUUUCUUCCCUCCCUGUAGGAAGUUUUUUUUUAUGUCCAUAUGUAUAUAUAUGUUUUUUAUUUUGUGUUCUGUGCCCUGUGCCUACGAGAGAGAGACAGAGUUUCUUUUACCACCAGUAUUGUCUCGUCGGGACGACGCGAGGUAGGUGGCCGAGAGUAUGUAGACAGCCUGUACUGUCUGCACAGACAGCCUAUGCUGUGUGCCUUGUCCAUAUUUCGCGCCACUAAGGUGCUGCCCUCUGUAGCCAGGCCUCUCGGUGAGCAUGCCAGCCUGCCUGCCCUUGCCUCUGUCUCACUUACACAGCAGCCUAGCAGGAAGACACAAGGCCUACUAGCUCUCUCUUGUGGCCAUGGCCUUCCCGGGCCAUGGGCACAACACACAAGCCUGUGUACCCACCACGACUUAACUAUAAAGUAAGAAGCCUCCAAAGACUUAUCAUUUACUCCACGCUACCAGAACACCAAACAAACUGGUUAUAGCAGGGGUCGAGACUCAGCUCCUGGCCCCACCUCUUCACUGAUCGCUACUAGGUCCUCUCCCUCUCUGCUUCCUGAGCUUUGUCAUACCUCUUCUUAAAACUAUGUAUGGUUUCUGCCUCCACUACUUCACUUGCUAGGCUAUUCCACUUCCUGACGACACUAUGACUGAAGAAAUACUUCCUAACGUCCCUGUGACUCGUCUGAGUCUUCAGCUUCCGGUUCUGACCCCUUGUUUCUGUGUCCCCUCUCUGGAACAUCCUAUCUCUGUCCACCUUGUCUAUUCCCCGCAGUAUCUUGUAUGUCGUUAUCAUGUCUCCUCUGACCCUUCUGUCCUCCAGUGUCGUCAGUCCGAUUUCCCUUAACCUUUCCUCGUACGACAUUCCCCUGAGCUCUGGGACUAGCCUUGUUGCAAACCUUUGUACUUUCUCUAACUUCUUGACGUGCUUGACCAGGUGUGGGUUUCAGACUGGUGCUGCAUACUCCAGUAUGGGCCUAACAUACACAGUGUACAGUGUCUUGAAUGAUUCCUUAUUAAGGCAUCAGAACGCUAUUCUCAGGUUUGCCAGGCGCCCAUAUGCUGCAGCAGUUAUUUGGUUGAUGUGUGCCUCCGGUGACGUGCUCGGUGUUAUGGUCACCCCAAGGUCUUUCUCCCUGUGUGAGGUCUGUAGUCUUUGUCCACCUAGCCUAUACUCUGUCUGCAGUCUUCUUUGCCCCUCCCCAAUCUUCAUGACUUUGCAUUUGGCUGGAUUGAAUUCGAGAAGCCAGUUUCUGGACCACAUGUCCAGCCUGUCCAGGUCUCUUUGCAGUCCUGCCUCAUCCUCAUCCGAUUUAAUUCUUCUCAUCAGCUUCACAUCAUCUGGGAAUAGGGACACUUCAGAGUCUAUUCCUUCCAUCAUGUCGUUCACAUAUAUCAAAAACAGCACUGGUCCUAGAACUGACCCCUGUGUCACCCCCUCGUCACAGGCGCCCACUGUGAUACCUCUUCAAGUACCAUGACUCGUUAAUGCCUCCCUGUCAGGUAUUCCCUGAUCCAUUGCAGUGCCCUCCCUGUUAUAUGUGCCUGAUCCUCCAGCGUCUGUACUAAUCUCUUGUGGGGAACUGUGUCAAAGGCCUUCCUGCAGUCUAGGAAAACGCAAUCAACCCACCCCUCUCUCUCGUGUCUUACUUCUGUUACCUUGUCAUAAAACUCCAGGAGGUUUGUGACACAGCAUUUGCCUUCCAUGAACCCAUGCUGGUUUUCAUUUAUAAUCUUGUUCCGUUCCAGGUGUUCGACCACUCUCCUCCUGAUAAUCUUCCCCAUGACUUUGCACACAAUACAUGUCAGAGACACAGGUCUGUAGUUUAGUGCCUCAUUUCUGUUUCUUAAAUAUGGGGACUACAUUUGCUGUCUUCCAUUUCUCAGGUAGUUGCCCAGUUUCAAGGGAUGUGUUGAAGAUUGUGGUUAGAGGCACAUACAGCAUCUCUGCUCCUUCUCUUAGGACCCAUGGGGAGAUGUUGUCCGGUCCCAUCGCCUUUGAGGUAUCAAGGUCACUUAGCAGCUUCUGCACCUCCUCCUCGGUUGUUCGUAUGACCUCCAACACUUGUUGGUAUAUUCCCUUUUGAUGUUCCCUUCUGUGCUGUCUUCCUACAGCCCUUCCUGUCUCUACUGCAAAAACUUCCUUAAAUCUCCUGUUUCGCUCCUCACAUACCUCCUGAUCAUUUCUUGUGAGUUCUCCACCUUCUGUCCUCAAUCUGAUCACCUGGUCUUUGACUGUUGUCUUACUCCUGAUGUGGCUAUACAACAGUUUCGGGUCAGUCUUGAUUUUCGAUGGUAUGUCAUUUUCAUACUUUCGCUGGACCUCCCUCCUCACCUGUGCAUACUCGUUCUUGGCUCUGCGACUGAUCUCCCUAUUUUCGUGUGUUCUCUGCCUUCUGUACUUUUUCCAUUCUCUAUUGCACUUUGUUUUUGCCUCCUUACACCGUCGGGUAAACCAGGGGCUCGUUCUGGUCUUCCCAUUGUUUCUGUUGUCCUUGGGAAUAAACCUUUCCACUGCCUCCUUGCAUUUUGUUGUUACAUAUUCCAUCAUUUCGUUUACUGGCUUUCCUGCCAGUUCUCUGUCCCACGGAACCUCCCUAUGUAGUCCCCUCUUUUAUAGUCAGGCUUUUCCCAUUCAACUCCUGUUACUCUCUCCACUUGCAACUCUACUAUGUAUUCAAAGCACAGAACCACGUGGUCGCUAGCUCCUAGGGGACUCUCAUACGUGAUGUCCUCAAUGUCUGAACUGCCCAGGGUGAACACAAGGUCCAAUCUUGCUGGUUCAUCCUCCCCUCUCACUCUGGUAGUGUCCUUAACAUGUUGGUGCAUGAGGUUUUCCAGCACCACAUCCAACAUCUUGGCUCUCCAUGUUUCGGGACCCCCAUGUGGCUCCAGGUUUUCCCAGUCAAUCUCCCUGUGGUUGAAAUCCCCCAUAACCAGCAACUUUGCUCUGCUGGAGUGAGCUCUUCUUGCCACCUCAGCAAGUGUGUCCACCAUUGCUCUGUUGCUCUCUUCAUAUUCCUCUCUUGGCCUCCUGCAGUUCUGUGGUGGAUUAUACAUCACUGCAAUGGCCGCCUUGUGCUCCCCAGACUGAAGUGUACCUACUAUGUAGUCUCUCCCGUCUCGUCUAUGCCUCCCAUUUUCUCGAAUUUCCAUCUGUUUUUUACAAACAGAACAACCCCUCCUCCCCCUCUGCCCCUUCUAUCUUUCCUCAUGAUCUGGUAUCCUGGUGGGAAGAUUGCGUCUGUUGUCUCCGUGAGUUUUAUUUCUGUAACUGCUAUGAUGUCUGGGGACUUCUCAUUGAUUCUUUCUUGCCAUUCCUCAUGUUUAUUCGUUAAUCCAUCCGCAUUUGCGUACCAAACCUUCAACUUCUGUUCUCAUACUGUAACUGUGGUGCGGGGGAUGAGAACAGAGUGAUCGGUGUGUGAUGGUUGGUUUGGACUGUUCAGUUGCCUUGGGGGUGUCGUGGCUGGAGUCCUUCUGCAGGUGUUUCUGGGGGGUGUGCUUGCUCUUCCACUUGUUCCUGGGUUAUUCUGCUCUCCUUUUUCAUUUCCUCCCAUUUCUCCUUUCGUUUUUGCACUCUCUCUUACAGCAUCCUCCUUUCGUCCUGUGUUCUGUCUUGAUCGAGGUACACACUCAUGAACUCCUGUUUGCCUCUCAGCCGUGCUUUCUCCUGCAGUAUCAUGGUUCGGGUUGUGUGUGUGUGCGUGUGCAUGUGUGUGUGUGUAUGCGUGUGCGUAUGCGUGUGCGUGUGUGUGUAUGCGUGUGCGUGUGCGUGUGCGUGUGUGUGUGUGUGAGUGUGUGUGUGUAUGUGUGUGUAUGUGUGUGUGUGUGUGUAUGUGCAUGUGUGUGUGUAUGUGUGUGUGUGUGUAUGUGCGUGUGUGUGUGUGUGUGUGUGCGUGUGUGUGUGUGUGUGUGUGUGUGUGUGUGUGUGUGUGUGUGUGUGUGUGUGUGUGUGUGUGUGUGUGUGUGUGUGUGUGUAUGUGUGUGUGUGUGUGUGUGUGUGUGUGUGUGUGUGGUGUACUCACCUAGUUGUACUCACCUAGUUGAGGUUGCGGGGGUCGAGUCCGAGCUCCUGGCCCCGCCUCUUCACUGAUCGCUACUAGGUCACUCUCCCUGAGCCGUGAGCUUUAUCAUACCUCUGCUUAAAGCUAUGUAUGGAUCCUGCCUCCACUACAUCGCUUCCCAAACUAUUCCACUUACUGACUACUCUGUGGCUGAAGAAAUACUUCCUAACAUCCCUGUGAUUCAUCUGUGUCUUCAGCUUCCAACUGUGUCCCCUUGUUACUGUGUCCAAUCUCUGGAACAUCCUGUCUUUGUCCACCUUGUCAAUUCCUCUCAGUAUUUUGUAUGUCGUUAUCAUGUCCCCCCUAUCUCUCCUGUCCUCCAGUGUCGUCAGGUUGAUUUCCCUUAACCUCUCCUCGUAGGACAUACCUCUUAGCUCUGGGACUAGUCUUGUUGCAAACCUUUGCACUUUCUCUAGUUUCUUCACGUGCUUGGCUAGGUGUGGGUUCCAAACUGGUGCCGCAUACUCCAAUAUGGGCCUAACAUACACGGUGUACAGGGUCCUGAAUUAUUCCUUAUUAAGAUGUCGGAAUGCUGUUCUGAGGUUUGCUAGGCGCCCAUAUGCUGCAGCAGUUAUUUGGUUGAUGUGCGCUUCAGGAGAUGUGCCUGAUGUUAUACUCACCCCAAGAUCUUUUUCCUUGAGUGAGGUUUGUAGUCUCUGACCCCCUAGACUGUACUCCGUCUGCGGCCUUCUUUGCCCUUCCCCAAUCUUCAUGACUUUGCACUUGGUGGGAUUGAACUCCAGGAGUCAAUUGCUGGACCAGGUCUGCAGCCUGUCCAGAUCCCUUUGUAGUUCUGCCUGGUCUUCGAUCGAGUGUAUUCUUCUCAUCAACUUCACGUCAUCUGCAAACAGGGACACCUCAGAGUCUAUUCCUUCCGUCAUGUCGUUCACAAAUACCAGAAACAGCACUGGUCCUAGGACUGACCCCUGCGGGACCCCGCUGGUCACAGGUGCCCACUCUGACACCUCGCCACGUACCAUGACUCGCUGCUGUCUUCCUGACAAGUAUUCCCUGAUCCAUUGUAGUGCCUUCCCUGUUAUCCCUGCUUGGUCCUCCAGUUUUUGCACCAAUCUCUUGUGUGGAACUGUGUCAAACGCCUUCUUGCAGUCCAAGAAAAUGCAAUCCACCCACCCCUCUCUCUCUUGUCUUACUGCUGUCACCAUGUCAUAGAACUCCAGUAGGUUUGUGACACAGGAUUUCCCGUCCCUGAAACCAUGUUGGCUGCUGUUGAUGAGAUCAUUCCUUUCUAGGUGUUCCACCACUCUUCUCCUGAUAAUCUUCUCCAUGAUUUUGCAUACUAUACAUGUCAGUGACACUGGUCUGUAGUUUAAUGCUUCAUGUCUGUCUCCUUUUUUAAAGAUUGGGACUACAUUUGCUGUCUUCCAUGCCUCAGGCAAUCUCCCUGUUUCGAUAGAUGUAUUGAAUAUUGUUGUUAGGGGUACACACAGCGCCUCUGCUCCCUCUCUCAAUACCCAUGGGGAGAUGUUAUCUGGCCCCAUUGCCUUUGAGGUAUCUAGCUCACUCAGAAGCCUCUUCACUUCUUCCUCGGUUGUGUGCACUGUGUCCAGCACUUGGUGGUGUGCCCCACCUCUCCGUCUUUCUGGAGUCCCUUCUGUGUGUGUGUGUGUGUGUGUGUGUGUGUGUGUGUGUGUGUGUGUGUGUGUGUGUGUGUGUGUGUGUUGUGUGUGUAUGUGUGUGGUGUAUACUCGUUCAUUUGUACUUACCUGUUUGUGGUUGCAAAUGUCGAUUCUCAGUUCCUGCCUCUUAAACCAACCGUUACUACGGUGUCACUCACUCCUGUCUUCAUGAGCACUGUCAUACCUACUCUUAAAGCCGUGAACUAAUCCUCAAGUUAUGUAUGAAAUCUGCUUCUACCACAUCUUCGUAGUCAGUGCCUGCCUGCCUGCCAGCCUCCACCUGAAGCAACACGUAUCACUGUUCUUCCAUCUAUCUACAUAUCAUCUGAAUUUACAUUGUUAUUUGUAAAUUGUAACUUGAUACUGUAAACAGUUAUGUAACAUUGUACAGAUACUGAUGAUGGUGAGUCGUCACCGAAACGUUAAUUUAAAACUGUCUUUCCUGUUACAUUAUAGUAUAUAUUAUAUAUAUAUAUA